CUGACCAUGGACACCAUAGCUUAUGGCGCAAUUUGAUACACGAAGACCUUGCCCUCGCCUAUGGACGAAAAAUAGAAGUUGGUUUAAAUGUGAAAAGGUUACACAUAGCAGUCAGUUUAGUUUAAACAGGUGAAAAGUUGCAGCACCAAAAUUAUGAACUAAUUAUUAUCAACAUCUAUAUAAUUGAUCCAGAUAAAAGCUGUGACGACUAUUGUACUAAUUAGUAGCAGUGUCCAUCUGCCCAUCUGUCCAUCAUGGAUUAUGAUAUCACCAUUCCUGAAUACUCUCAAGAUCUAUCAAAACACAUGUACCAGUUACAGCAGACAGGUGUGUUGUGUGAUGCAUGGCUAGUGUGUAAAGAUGGGGUAGUCUUUGUACAUAAACUGGUACUGAUGGCAUGUGGAAGUGCUUACCUUCAGCAACAACUUUCAGCAGAUAACAGUUCUAGCUCACAAUGUCAAGUUUAUUUUAAAGAUUACUCACUGAAAACUGUUUCUGAUUUUGUACAAGCUCUUUAUACAGGAAAUUUGACCUUGUGUCAUGAUCGAGCAAUUGAUAUUUUGAAACUCUGCACAUUUUUGAAUGUUAAAGUGUUUGCAUCUACUAUUCAAGGUGUUGUUGAUAAUGAUCCAAAUUUAAAAAGGGAAUUUGACAAAGGUGGAAGAAGCAAUAACAUGAAUCGUAUAUUUUAUGAAGUAGAAAUGGCCAAAGACUCAUCUUCUGCUCAAUUUAAAGUACCUGUAAAGGUACAGAAAUCGAAUAUUAUUAUGGAAAGAAUAGUAGACAAGAGCUUAAAAACCAAAGAUAUAUUUUCUCAAUCAGAAAGUCCAAGGAGAAAUAGGAUCAUGGUUAUAAAAUCUGAUACAAAUGAAAAUACUAAGAGAAAAAACAAUACAGAGGCCACACAUUUGGAUGAUGAUUGCAUUCCAAAAAAGCAGGCAAGAGUUUCAAAGCAGACACUUAAUGUUGUUCAAACAAGUCCAAAUAUUUUCCAACCCCAGACAAAACUUGUCAAGAUAGCUCCAAAAAAUGUUUCAAGUAGUCCCAUACAAAGUGAUCACACAUAUGAAGCAGACAAUACAACUGCGUUGUUGAAUAUAGCUAAAAACCUGUCAACCAGUACUGAUUCAGCAUGUAUUGAGUUGUCAGAUAUAGAUCAUGUAGAUGAAAACUUGACAACUUUAAGUUAUGGAACCAUUUCUGAAGUAGAUAAAUCAAAAACUUUAUCAACAAGCACAGACAUGAGAAAAUCAGGUAAAGAUGGAGUUCAACAGGAAUCAUGUCAACUUUGUCAGAAAGUAUCAGAAGAUGCAGUGGAAAAGAAAAAUGGACAGUACAUAUGUAAAGGUUGUGUUAGCCUGUUUAAUGGAGAAGAUUCACAGACAAAUGGAGAAAAGAAGAAAAGAGGACGAAAAGAAAAGAAGGAACCAAAGGAUUUAUUUGAUACUCCAAAACCUAAAAGGAAAAAUAGGCAGUAUCACCACCAAGCCUUAAAAGAUGCUUAUUAUGCUGUAAUGGAUGGCGAUAUACCAGUACUUACCGCUUGUCGACUUUAUGGUAUUCCCCGGGAAACACUCCGAGAUCGAUUAGAGGGGAAAAGGAGUAUAGAUUGUGAGAAUAUCGGUCGAGGAACUUUGUUCACAAAAGAAGAAGAGAACAAAUUAGCCGAUGAGAUCAGUCGUAUGGCAAAAUGUGGUUAUUUUUAUUCGUGUAAAGAGAUUACAGAUAUAGCCACAUAUUAUUGUGUUCUGGUGGAAAAGAGAACCAGUGAUCAACAUUUAACUCUCAAAUGGUACAGUAGAUUCUUCAAUCGCUGGCCAGAAUUGAAAAUGCUCUAUACUAAAAGACCUAGAAAGCGUAAUAUAUUAGCCGCGGCAGCUGAAAAUAAGGACAGAUUUUUUAAAGAGUUUGGGGAUUUAUUAGAUAAACAUGAUUUUACUUUCAAGCCAAAUUUCGUAUUCAAUUUACAUGUAUCAGUAAUCAAAACCAAAGAAUCUCAAAGUAUAGGAGUAAUUGGAUGUGGAAGUGCGUCCGGGAUCGCGAUUCCUCCGUAUUUCAUAUUCCAAGAACAAGAAACUCACGAUAAUGCUGUAAACAGCAUAAAUAACAUCCCAACUGUUGUGUCGGAGAAUGGUUACUCUAGUUUUGUAUUUUUGGACUACAUGAAAAACCAUUUUAUCAAGUGUUUACCAGAACGCACAAACGAAUCUGUGCUAUUGAUUUUAGAUGGAUUUAAGUCGCACCUUUGCGUUGAAUUGAUUGGUUUUACUAAAGACAAUAACAUUUUAACACUGGUUAUACCUGCUAAUUGCGAUACGAGUCUCAGCCCAAUAGAACAAUGCUGUAGUGCUCAGCUUCAGGAAUGUUAUGACGAAAUUUGUCUUAGAAAAAUUCAUUUAAAUGAACAAAUUUGUUUUUGUGAUGUGGCAUGUGAAGCAUACAACGCAGCAUUCUCUCAAGAAAUUCUUGGCGAAGCAUUUGUAAAAUCUGGUUUAUGCAGCAUUGAAAAUAAUUCUGGUGUUUAGCAGUCCCGAGAACAUAAAAAGCC